GGGGCGCCAGGUCAGGCCCCCGCAGCGUGCAGCCCGCUCCCGGGGGCGGGACACCCUCAGUCCAGCCCGGCCCUCUCUCCCCUCGCCGCACCAGCCUCGGCUCAGCGCCGGGACACAGUCGCGGGUGGCGAGACCGCGAUCGGCGCGGUGCGGGCCCUCCUGGUCCUGGCCCCGACGGCGCCCCGAGGACCUGCGAGGGUGGUCCCGGGCCGAUGUCCCAGGUGAGCAGCCAGCAGCCCCCUCACUGCGAUGCGCCCCAUGGAGCCUCCAGCGCAGCCACGGGCCCAGCCCAGACCCCAUCUCUUCUGCCUGGGCUGGAGGUAGUAACAGGAUCAGCUCACCCUGUGGAGGCAGCACCAGAGGAGGGCUCCCUGGAGGAGGUGGCGCACUCCAUGCCCCAAGGCAAUGGCCCUGGGGCCCACCCAGCCCUGGACAGCACUGACUUCGAUGUCCCCACAGAAGCUGUGACACGCCAGCCUCAGGGGAACUACUUGGGCUGCACCCCACUACUACCAAAUGGCUCUGGCCACCCCUCGGAGCUGGGUGGCGCCAGGCGGGCGGGGAACGGUGCCCUGGGCGGCCCCAAGGCCCACCGGAAGUUGCAGGCGCAUCCAUCGCUCGCCAGCCAGGGCAGCAGGAAGAGCAAGGGAAGCACCAAAUCUGCUGCCUCCCAGAUCCCCAUCCAGGCACAGGAAGAUUGCUGCGUCCACUGCAUCCUGUCCUGCCUGUUCUGCGAGUUCCUGACACUGUGCAACAUUGUCCUGGACUGCGCCACGUGCGGCUCCUGCAGCUCCGAGGACUCGUGCUUGUGCUGCUGCUGCUGCGGCUCGGGGGAGUGCGCCGACUGCGACCUGCCCUGCGACCUGGACUGCGGCAUCCUGGACGCCUGCUGCGAGUCCGCCGACUGCCUGGAGAUCUGCAUGGAGUGCUGCGGGCUCUGCUUCUCCUCCUGACCCGCCGCGUCCUGCGUCCAGGCCAACGGGGCCCGCCCACGCGGGACCAGCCCGGGGGACUGAUGCCCAAAGUUCCAUCAGCCCCCUCCCCCUGGUGCUCUCCCACCCACCCAGUGCCGUCAGAACCCCAGCCCUGGUGGGAAGCGGGGUGCCCGGAGGGGCCACCUCAGUCCUAGGAGCUGAGCCCGCUGCAGAGAAGCCAGGGCUCCUCACCGGGUCCCAGGGCCAGAACUGGGAGUAUGGGGCAAGCAAGGGGAAGGGCUGGGGUGGGUGACGGCAGCCCUGGUGCCAGGGCUGCAGAACACUGUGAAAAUUAGGGGAGGGGGCAGGACCAUGGGAAGGCAGGGCCGGGGCCGGGGGCUGUGUGCCUCUCUACCUCUCACUGCGCCUGGUGCCCGUGUACCCCUGGCUAUCCCUGGCUUAGAGAACAGCAAAAUGUGAAAAGAGACCCCGCCCCGCCCACACCAGGCCCCUCCCCAGUCUCCUUCCCUGGGCUUUUGUGGGGGCUUGACCCACACACUGACCUGAGAGGACCAGGCUGGGCAUGGGCCUGGAGUGGGGCGGGAGAGGGGACAGUAAAGAAAAGACUG